AUGAAGAAGGCGGCAGAUUUCGUGAAGCAUAUAAUAGACAUGCUGGCUGGUCUAGCGAAGGACAAGACGAAGGAGCUGAAGAAGAAGACGAGAGCCUUUAAGACCCGUCUUGUGAUAUUCUCGCUUCUUCACAACAGAAACAUGGUGGUGAGCUCCUUCUCCCACAAGCUCAAGGGCAAACCAACAUCAAAAAAGCUAGAUGAUGGUAAGGAUCAGAAACAAGAUCAAAACAUGGUGGUGGUUUAUAGCCAUAACGCCAUGUCUAGCACACCCGUCUCUCCCCACGUAGAAUAUGAAUAUAUCGAGGAGGAAGAUGAAGAGGAAGAGGAGGAGGAGAAGUAUCCAGACCUGAGACACUCGCUGUUUGAGGCAGAGGGUUCGGUGAUAGACAUGGUGAAACACUCCAAGGAAGACAAGGGAGAAGAGUUUCGGUUGGAAGACGAGAUUGACAAAGUGGCUGACCUUUUCAUUACCCGCUUCCACCGACAGAUGUGGUUGCAGAAGCAACUCUCUCUCGAGACUCAAGAUACAUCCUCCUGA